AUGACCGGCAGGAAAGAAAUCGCCCAGCGCAUGCAGGACGACGGCAUCCGCUAUCUGUUGACCCAGUUCGUUGACCUCAACGGCUCCCCCAAGGCCAAGAUGGUACCGGUGGAGCACUUCGAGGACGUGCUGGACGAAGGCGCCGGUUUUGGUGGCGCCGCCUUGCUCGGCAUGGGCCAGGGGCCGCACUCCCACGACAUGAUGGCCCGCAUAGACCUCGAUUCCUACACUCCGGUGCCCUGGGACGACGGGCUUGCCCGCUUCGCCAGCGACCUGUUCGUGGAUGGCGAGCCGCAUCCCUACUGCCCGCGCCAGCACUUCAAGUCAGUGUUAGCCAGCGCCAGGGCCAAGGGCUACGUCUUCAACGUAGGCAUCGAGCCGGAGCAUUUUUUGGUUACCAGAAACAAUGAUGGAUCGAUUCAGGUCUGGGACCCAAACAACAUCGACAGCCUGCGCAAACCCUGCUACGACUUCAAGGGCAUCGCCAACGUCAUGGGUUACUUGCGCGAAAUGAUGACAGCGAUGCGAAAAAUCGGUUGGGACGCCUAUCAAUCGGACCACGAGGACGCCAACGGCCAGUACGAGAUCAACUUCCACUACUCCGACGCGCUGACCACCGCUGACCGGUAUACCUUCUUCAAGAUGAUGACCAGCCAGUACGCCCAGAAGCACGGGGCUAUAGCCACUCACAUGGCCAAGCCGUUCACUGAUCGCACUGGCAGCGGCGGCCAUAUCCACUACCACAUAGCCGACUCGGAAACUGGCGAAAACCUGUUCCUCGACGAGAGUGACCGGCGAGGGCUUGGCCUUUCUCAGAUGGCCUACAAUUUCAUCGGUGGCGUGUUCGCCCACGCUCCUGCGCUCUGCAGCGUAAUGUCUCCCACGGUGAACUGCUACAAGCGCCUCCAGGUGGGCUCCGCCCUGUUGGGUUCAUCCUCUGGAUUCCUGUGGACACCUGCCUUCGUGUCCUACGGCGACAACAAUCGCACCCAGAUGAUUCGCACCGCCGGUCCUGGCCAUCUGGAAGACCGCACUAUGUCCGCAGCCUGCAACCCCUACUUGGCCUUCGGCGCCUACCUGUCCGCCGGACUCGACGGCGUGCGGCGCGGGCUGGACCCUGGUGAGCCCAACCUGGGCAACCUUUACGAACUGGGCUUGGACGAAAUACGCCGCCGUGGCGUGCGAAUGUUGCCCCAGUCCCUAGCCGAAUCGCUGGCCGAACUCAAGGCCGAUUCCGUGGUGCAGGAGUCUCUGGGCGUCAUCUACGACGAGUUCGUCGAUCAGAAAGAGGCUGAGUGGCGGGAAUACCACCGCCAGGUCACUCCUUGGGAAAAUCGAGCGUUACCUGACGAUGUUCUAGUGUGA